CUAAAGAAAAAAGAAAAAGACAUGACGAUGACGAUGGAAGCUGUCUGAGCCGUACAGAGCUUUUAAGUUUUCCGGUUGAAUGCGAAGGCAAGGGACGGAGCUAAUGAUGUAAUGAUCUUCCCUGAAGAUGAAAAUUAUCGGUCAAUCACUUCAUUAUUGCUGCUGCGAUUCCACUACCUACAAGGGCAUGACAGUCAUCCUCAACAUGUCCUCUUCUCCUUCUCCCAAUAAGGGUAAGGGACCCGAAUCAGCUCCUCCAAGAAUCACAUCCAAUGUCAAGCAGAACUUGCAGUUUUUAAAGUUGUGGAAGGAAUACCAAAAGAGGAAAUCCAGUGUACCUAAGCCUGCAACUAGUUAUAGGAGAAAGAAGGUGCAGAAGGAGGAGCUUCCUGAAGAUUUAGAGCUUUAUCGUGAUCCAACAACGACCCUUUAUUAUACCAACCAGGGUCUAGAUGAUGCAGUCCCUGUAUUGCUCGUUGAUGGUUACAAUGUAUGUGGCUAUUGGGUGAAGCUGAAGAAGUAUUUUAUGAAAGGAAGGCUUGACACUGCUCGCCAGAAACUAAUUGAUGAACUUAUAACUUUCAGUAUGCUGAGAGGGGUUAAAGUGGUUGUUGUAUUUGAUGCCAUGAUGUCUGGACUUCCUACACACAAGGAAACUUUUGCUGGCAUCGAUAUAGUUUACUCGGGAGAAUCUUGUGCUGAUGCAUGGAUUGAAAAAGAGGUUGUAGCUCUGAAGGAGGAUGGAUGCCCCAAAGUAUGGGUUGUGACUUCUGAUAAUUGUCAGCAGCAAGCAGCACAUGGAGCGGGAGCCUUUGUUUGGAGCUCCAAGGCAUUAGUUUCUGAGGUCUACUUCUUUUCAAGGUAAACUAUUAAAGCACAAUCUCGAUUCUGAAGUUGUCGAUGCUCUUAAGGAUCUAAGAAGACAGCUUUCUGAGAAUGAGUCCAAGUAGCUAUUCGGAUACGGUUUGUUAUUGGUUUGGAGCCGAAUAUUGCUAAAAUCAGAAUGCUAAUCUUGGUGUACAGACCUUGAUAGGUGACAUUCAUAUGCAGUAUACCUGGCUCAUAAAUCUUGGCCAGCCACAAUUCUGAUGAAAGAAAGUGGUGAGACUGGUAAAUGGUAACUAACCUCUUUUUUAAUUGUUGCUAGAUUACACU